UAAAUUGAUACUGAUAAUUUUAAGGCCUAUUUAACUCAAAUUGAAAGUAAAAAGACAAUAACUGAGCAACGUUUUAUCUCAAUGGUUCUCUUAAAAACUUUAGCGAUGUGAAUACACAACAAGAGAAUCGUUAGUUCCUGAAGACGCCAAGGUAAUGGCGUCUUACAUCGCUGGUUAUGACGAUGAACUAUUUCAACACCCCGUUGGUCCAAGUCUUCAUUGCUGUAUUUGCACCAAUGUCAUCAAAGACCCGGUCAUGUGUCGCCAUAAUGAACACAUAUAUUGUCGUGGUUGUAUCACCAGACAUCUCAUGAACUCUCAGACAUGCCCGACAUGUAUGGAACCACUCACUGUCGAUACUCUGAAAGUGCCUCGAACCAUUGCGAACUUGCUUUCUGAACUUAAGAUACGUUGUGAGUUCUUCAACCGCGGUUGCGAGAAGUUUGUUGAACUGGGAGAUCUUGAAAAGCACGUUGCAGAGUGUGGGUUUGCUCCAGCAUUCUGCUCGAAUGAAGGUUGUGGACGGGAAGUCAACAAGCAAGAUUUACUUCAUCAUGAAACAGCUGUGUGUGAACAACGCGUAAUUAAAUGUCACAGUUGUAAUGACAUAAAACGAGAGAUGGAUGUCGUGAAAGUCAACAUGGCAGAAAUUAGGAAAAAGGUCGAUGAAAAUGAUGCAAAGCUGGAGAACAUGAAAGCAGUCGUGGAAAAUGUGGGCGUAAAAGUUUCACUGAUUCAUAACAAGCAGGAAGAAAGCAAUCGUCGGCUGGAAGAAAGCAAUCGUCAGCUGGAAGCGGACAAUGUUGAAAUGAAGAAAUGUUUGAAUGAAAUCACGAAGCAACUUGAACAAAUGACACAACAAAUAUCGCGUGAGGUUCCGGAAGAACACAUGAAGAAAGGAAGAGCAGAAGCUGUUGGAAUGGACAAGAGGAUAGUUGUGGUCGCUGGAGGCUGGAAUGGUGGAUCUCUAAAUUCAGUGGAAAUGUUCAAUCCAGCAACAUCAACCUGGUCAUUACUACAACCAAUGAAAGAAUGUCGUCGAUCACCAUCGUCAGUUAUUUACAACAACCAAUUCCUUGUCACUGGUGGUUAUGCUGGUCGUGCUUGGUCGCAGUCCAUGGAAAAAUUAUCAAUGAAUGAUAUUCAAGUUGAUCACGGAAUACCUUGGAAAUAUUUUCCUGCUGAGUUACCAGUGUCGUUAGAAGGACAUUGCACCGUGGUUCAUAACAGACGGUUGAUAGUGAUCGGAGGUUUUGAUUUAAACGUACAUGAUCCACAUUCGAAUAAAAUUAGUGAGAUUCCCCUUGUUCCACCUUAUAACCCAAAACCGUUGACCACCAUGCCACAAAGAAGAUACUAUCAUGGUGUUGCCAUGUUUGGUGAACAGAUCAUUAUUGUCGGUGGGACAGAAAAUUUAUCUAAUACCUCAGCUGUGCAAAGUGUUGUUAUGUAUGACAUCACUAAGAAUGAAUGUCAGGUGUUGGCUCCCCUCCCCUACCCUGUGUGUAGCAUGGCCACAGUCAAGUGGGGCAGUGACAGUGUCAUCAUAAUGGGUGGUUUCGACAGUGAAGGCAAAGCAUUAAGCAAAGUUUUAAUGUACAACAUCAAGACCCAGAAGAGUCACAUGCUUCCUAACAUGAAGUACAAGAGGCAAGGAUGUGUGGCUGCAGUUGUCAGAGACACCGUGAUCGUGAUGGGAGGCCAGGAUGAAAGAGGAAAUUUCUUGAGGUCUGUGGAAAGUUUUAGAUUUGACAGAAACAGCUGGGAAGAACUUCCAGAAAUGCACGAGGCAAGAUACGAGGCUACUGCAGUGGCCUGGUAAUUACAUAUUAGAGCAGAGACAACUGAUUAUUCACACCUGAAUCUGAAAUUUUUAGACUAGUCCCAGACUUUAUUAACAUGUCUUCAAAGUAUAAUUUGAUCAGUAAUUUAAUUUAAUUUUAUCUCUUAGUAUGACCUUACUAAUAAUGGUUAUAACUUAAAUGACUGACUGCUUCUGAUCUAUUCUCAGCCCUUAUAUUUCAUAUGAAGACAAGCAACUCAAAUACUCAAUACCUAACUGUUGAAAUCAUAUAAAUUAUUGAUGCAAAUAUAAAUGAGGCAACUCUUCAAUUUUCUCCUGAUCAUAGACAGACAAUGUAGUAGAUUGUAGCCUUACACUGUGCCAAUGUCACUAAUCAAGAUAUUAAUUGUAUUCGAAUCAGUUUUAUCUAAAUAACGAGAUAUUGAAACUUGAAACUCGUCUAAGACCAACUAAUAAAUUCCUUUAGAAAUAUUUGGAAGGCCGUUAUAGAAGUCGAACUAAAACAUGAUUGGGUUAAAAAAUGAGACGUGAAGCAAGAAAUAAACUUUAUAAAGGCAUUUUAAGAUAUUUACUACAAGUGGAAACUCAAAAGCAGCCAUGAGCGAGAACUAACGACUUAUAAUAUCAUGCAUCAAUAGUU